AUGGAUUGUACAGAAGAUCAACCACCAAAGUUUAAACACUAUUGUAGGAUAUGCAAGAAGGGUUUCAUGUGUGGGAGAGCUUUAGGUGGGCAUAUGAGGGCUCAUGGUAUUGGAGAUGAAGGUGGAAGUCUUGAUGACGAUGAUGUUGCAAGUGAUUGGGAGGAUAAAUUUGGAGGGGCUGAUAGGACAUGUAGAAGAAUGUACCAGCUAAGGACAAAUCCGAAUCGACUAAAAAGUUGUAGGAUUUGUGAGAACUGUGGUAAAGAGUUUGCCUCAUGGAAAUCUUUCCUUGAACAUGGCAAAUGUAGCUCUGACGAUGCUGAGUCAUUGGUAUCUUCUCCAGGAUCUGAUGGAGAGUACGAGGGGGAGCGAAAAGGGUGUCAAUGGUCUAAAAGGAAGAGGUCAUUGAGGACUAAAGUGGGCAGUUUUAGCUCAGCUUAUCCUUCAAGUGAGGAUGAAGAUCUCCUCCUGGCAAGAUGCCUAGUAGAUUUAGCAAAUGCUAGGUUUGAAGUUGAGCCGGAAGAAUCUUGUGCUUCCGCCAGUAAGGAGGAAGAAAGGCGGAUUAAUCCGGUGACGGCCUACUUUAACACUCCCCUAAUUGCAAGUCGAGUCCCUUUAGACAAGCCUAAAGGUGCAUCCAAAGGCUUGUUUGAAUGUAAAGCAUGCAAAAAAGUGUUCAAUUCUCAUCAAGCACUAGGAGGACAUAGGGCAAGUCACAAGAAGGUGAAGGGCUGUUUUGCAGCUAAGCAAGAUCAGCAAGAUGAUAGCAGUUUAGCUGAUGACGAUGUGACCAUCCAUGACGAAUUCUUUCCAUCCAAAUCUCCUUCGUCCUUACAAUUCGAACAAGGCCCAACAAUGGCAGGAGCUUCUAGGAGAAAAUCCAAAGUGCACGAGUGCACAAUUUGUCACAGGGUCUUUUCUACCGGACAAGCCUUGGGUGGACACAAGAGGUGCCAUUGGAUCACCUCCAACUCCCAGGAAACUUCUUCGCUAGUGAAGCUGCAAUUCAAUCAUGAUCACAUGGAUCAUCAAAUACUACACCAGGGUCCACCAUUAAUCAACAAGUCCGAGACACUAGAUCUCAACAUCCCGGCAACUCAAGGCGAUCAUGAACUAUCGGGCAUAUUAAGGCCUCAAAAUCCAUUGAGCUUUGAGGUCUCUACUGAUAUUCGCCUUCACACAUGGACGCCCAAUUUAGGUGCAGAAACAAAAUGUGAUAGCCAGAAUUGCCAUCACCAGAACGAUGAUGAUCAAGGCAACGAGAAUGAUCGCCACAAUGAUAGUAACAAUAUCAACAAGAACAACAUAAAUUGUAGUAACGGUCCAAUUGAAAAUGCGGACGAUGAAGCUGAUAGUAAGGUGGAGCUGGCAAAGCUAAGUGACCUCAAAGAUAUAAACUUAAGUGGAAAUUCUUCACAGUGGUUACAAGUUGGAAUUGGUUCAACAGCUCGAGUCAACACUAACCCCUAG